CUUAUAAUAAGGCGACUUGAAUAUUGGACCAUGACCGUGACAAGAAAUCCGUGGGUUUGGAAGGAUGUAUCCAUCUCAGCAGUCACUUAGACUGGUUCAUGCUGUCAUAUGAGGAGUCGGAGAUUUAUGCCACAACAGUUUGGUCUGCUAUCUGUGCUGCUCAUCUCUGCACCGAAGAGAAACUCUAGCUGGUCAAUUGCGGCGGCGGCCUUUGGGCGCGUUACGUUCGACCAUUACAUACAACAAUUCCAUUACCGCCAACCGUAUCUCACACUAUCCGUGCUGUAUUCUGCGUCGAGAUUACAAACUAUAAAGUUCCAAUAAAAAGGCCAAACCAUAUCGACAGGUAGAUCCCCUUUUAUGACAAAUACAGAUUGUUAAAAUUUGGCGCUUGGAGAUUUUUCAUCAUUUGACAUUGAUCUUGCACACG